UGUUGGGCCACACCUGUGCAAAAAUCCAACCAAACAAAUCACCGCUUUAAAGUUACUCUGACCAGCUGUGAUUUCAUCCUCCAACCUAAAGAAACUCACACCUCUUACAUGCUACCAAAGACUUUUAAAGCGCCCCUGUGUCACUGAGAGAUACUCUGCUACCACGUGCUGUUGUGAUGCUGGACGUGGUGAAGAUGAAGGAGGCCUGCAGGAUCUGUGCCCGCGAGCUCUGCGGCAACCAACGCCGGUGGAUUUUCCACCCGGCGGCCAAGCUCAACCUGCAGGUGCUGCUGUCCCACGCUCUGGGCCACGAGCUGACCCGGGACGGCCGCGGGGAGUUCGCCUGCUCCAAGUGCACCUUUAUGCUGGACCGCAUGUACCGCUUCGACACGGUGAUCGCCCGAGUGGAGGCCCUGUCUCUGGAGCGCCUCCACAAGCUGCUGCUAGAGAAAGAUCGGCUGAGGCAGUGCAUCGGAGGCCUGUACCGGAAGAACAACGCAGAGGAUGGGAACACGGCUCCGGCCGGGUCCAGUGUGGAGGUUGUUGGGACAGAGGUGGGGUCUGAAGACUCCCCUGUGGUGGAUCUGUCAGCCCUGCAGGAUGUGAGAUACUCUGAUAUGAUCCAGGAUGAUCUGACUUACUCUGUGUAUGAAUCAUGGGCUGAUAAGGAAGACCCCGCCCUGGACCAACACCACCAACACCACCAACACCACCAUGUCCACCACUGCCCAGGAGGAGACUCCCUUUCCGGCCAGAAGCCAAGGAGGUGCAGGGGUUGUGCGGCCCUGCGUGUAGCAGAUUCUGACUACGAGGCGGUGUGUAAGGUGCCUCGCAGGGUCGGGCGAAGGAGCACGUCCUGCGGCCCGUCUACUCGCUACUCAGCCAGUGCUCAGGGGGUGGAGGACCCCACCAGAGCCUCUGGAGGAUCUGAAGCUACAACCAUUGCCUUUGAGUCCCCUUCAGCUGAUUUGGACACUGAUAAGACCAUGUGUGACCAGACGAGUCCCAGCCCAGCGUCUUCUGUAGAAUCUCUGGACACCGCCGUGGACAUGAGUUGUCCUCCUGCAAAUCACAAAGAGAGGGAAGAAACUGAACCAGAGAAAGAUCCAGAGGAUGCUCCAGUGAGAAGGGAAACUCCAUGGGACAAACCCCCAAGCGAGAGCUCCCACUCUGGGGUUGAGAUGAUGCUGAGCCUCCUGAGGGGCUGGGAGUACCGGCCAGUGAAGCCUCGAAGGGGCAGCAAACUCCCAGUUCUGGUCAAAGCCAAACUGGAACAAGGCCUUUCGCUGGCCCUGUCCAUCCCGCUGAGGUCACCCGGUGGGGGGGCAGCGGACAUUGAACUGUACCACCCCCACCAGCCUAUACCGGAGGUGGUGACCCCGUGUCCACAGCAGGACCUGCAGGUGGAGCUGGCAGAGAUGGAGGAGCAGUGGCUGGAUGAUUAUGUUCAGUGCAGGCCUUUCCGCUUCCAGCAGUGGCUGAUUGACGAGCAGCAGGGUCAGCUGAGCCACUAUGAGAGUGCUGCAGGCCAGUGUGUCGGUGAACUGCAGAAGGCCCAGGACCAGGUCCGCUCGCUGCAGGCCAAGAUCCGAGAGAGCGAGACCAGGAACCAGAAGCUGCAGGAGCACCUCGGUGAGAUGGAGCUGGAACUGCGGUCGACCCGAGAGGAAGCCCAGCGGCAGGAGCGAAACAUCCAGAACAUCAGUGAUAACGUCAGCUCCAAGGAGGCAGAGGCUGCAGAGCUGUAUACGGUGAUUGAGGAGCAGAACAAGAUGCUGUGUUCGCUCAAAGAGCUCGCCAACCGCAACCAGCUGCAGCAGCUGCAGGUGUCAGGGGCGGAGAGUCUUCGAGGUCAGGGUGAAGUUCUGGCUCUGCAGGCCUCUCUCUUCCAGGCUCAGCUGGAGCUGCAGGCCGGCCAGCGGGCGCAGCGGCAGGCGGCCAGAGCGCAGGAGGACCUGAGCCGCGCCCUGCAGAGGCUGGAGAACGAUCUGCAGGGGGCGCUGCAGCACAGGAGGGAGACGGAGAGGCACAACCAGGAGCUGCAGCUGGCUCUGGAGAACGCUCGAUCGGCCAUGCAAGAGAGAGAGGAGCAGCUGAGAAUGGAUGAGGAAGAGAAAGAGAGGGAGAAGGAGGAGAGAGAGAAGACCAUCAGGGAGUUGAAGACGUCGCUGCAGACCAAAGAACAGCUGGUGGAGGACUACUGUGAGCUGCUGGAGGAUCCGAAGGAGAAGAGAGACUCUCUGCUUCAGAAACUCCGCCAGCGCAUCAAGGAGCGAGACCGAGCUCUGGAGCGAGCGGUGGAUGAAAAGUUCCGCUGUGUGGAGGAGAAAGAGGGGGAGACUCGUCGGCUUCAGCUGCUGCUCAGAGAGAAGGAGAGAGACCUGGAGAGACAGCGCUGCGUCCUGGCCAACAACGAGGAGACCAUCACUAGCCUGGAGGUGCUGGUGCGAGGGAAAGCUCUGGAGCUGGAGCAGGUGGGCGACGCCUGGAGGAACAUUCAGCGGCAGCAGCAGGAGAGCGAGGAGAGGCAGAGCCGCGUGCUGAGAGAGAGGGACGCCAUCAUCAGCCAGCUGCAGGCGGCGCUGCACACUCGCACACAGGAGGCACAGGAUCUGCGCUGCUCCCUGCUGGCUCAGAUCCAGACAGCUCCCAGCGACGUCCUGGAGGAGCUGAAAAUCCGCCUCCAGCUCAAAGACCGCCUCUUCCAGGAAGUGCUCGCCGACCGGACCCGUCAGUCCCAGGAGCACCAGGACCAGGUCCAGGGUCUGCUCACAGCCAUCAGCUCCAGGGACCAGUACAUUCAGGACUCUGCGGGCCGCCUCAGUGAGGUGAUGACCGAGCAGACGUCCAGGCUCCAGGAGCUCCGCAGACAGCUGAGCUCUGGUCUCGGAUCUAAGAUCGACUCUGGAACAGACUCGGCCGUGGAGCUCCAGGCGGUGCAGGAGGAGCUGCGUCUGGCCCUGAGGAGGGAGAAGGAGAACCAGCAGCUGAGCAGGAGUCAGGCCGCCAGGCUGGACUCCCUGAGCAGGACGCUGCAUGUGAAGGAGGAGCUCAUCAGGGACUUCCAGAGGCAGAUGGUGGAUCCUUCAGGCCUCCCACUGGUCGAGCGACUGACCCAGGAGGUUCAGGAGCUGAGGGAGAGCCUGGUCCAGCAGGAGGGUCUCCCAGCCAGAGGCCCCAUCCUGGGCCGCGACAGGCCCAACAGCAGGCAGCCUGAGUUUGGAGAACUGAGCACAGAGGAGGAAGACGAGGCCGACGAUGAAGAUCUCAACAGCGAGUACACAGAGAGCAUCGAUGAAGAGGAGACGACCACCCAGGGUUCUGCAGGUCCAGGAAAGGCUCUAUCGCAGGACCUGCUGUUUGAAGGCCAGGGGCUGAUGGAGGUCAAACAGCUGGUGGAGCAGAAGAGGGCAGUGGAGAGAGAGCUGGGAGAGCUGAAGGCUCAGCUGGAGAAGGCCGGCUUCUCCUCGCUCUCGCAGAUGAGGAAAGCUCUGUUCAGCCUGCAAGCAGAGAAUGAAGACUUAAAGCAUCAGCUGACUGAGGGUCUGCAGCCUGACGGUAAACAGAGUGAUGACCAGAAAGUGUUGGGGGGCGAAGAGGAGGAGGAUGAGGAGGAAGAGGAGCUGGAUGUGACCAUAGAAGGGGAAGAGGAAGAGGAGGAGGAAAGCUCGGAGAUGUGGGAAGCCUGGGACAGUGAGGCGUCUCUGUCGCAGACCAACAUCCAAACCAGUGAUGAGCAGAAGACCAGAGCCACCAGACCCGAGCCCCUGCACCUGCUCAACACCCCCUCACAGGGUGAUGACAUGGACAGCGAGCUGCAGCAAGGCGCAGCGUCUUCUGAGAGGAGUGAGAGGACGGUCCGUCUGCAGCAGAAGAGCAAAGAGCUGAAGGAGAGGCUGAUGGUGUCCGAGGCCACAGUGCAGGCUCAGGCCGAGCAGCUCAAAGACUACAGGGAGCUGCUCACCGAGACGACGGUACAGCAGGACAGUAAGCAGAUCCAGGUGGACCUGCAGGAUCUGGGCUACGAGACCUGCGGCCGCAGCGAGAACGAGGCUGAGAGGGAAGACACCAGCAGCCCAGAGUUCGAUGAUCUGGAGAUGUGUACAUCUCUCGACUGUGGGUCCCAGUGGUGGCCUGCCACCGCCACCAGCACCAGCUCCACCUUCACUAAAACCACCACCCAGAACUCCGGUUAUGGAGACGAGGCGUCGUCUCUCCAGCGUCUUGUCGAGGACCUUCGCUCGCAGCUGUCCCGCUCUCAGGGAGUGAUCCGAGGGCUCCAGAGCCGCCUCCGCUCCCUCUCCACCUCCAGCGACUACGGACCCUCUACACCUCGCAAGGUCAACUGGUCCUUCCAGGCCUCGCCCUCACAGAGCGGCACGGAGGAUGAUGAGGGUUGGCAGUCAUCUGACGGAGGUCCACUGGCUUCGCCUCGUCACCCUCACCCAGACAAGGGCCUGCAGGAGCUGGUGUCACGUGUGGAUGCUCUGGAGAACCAGCUGAGGAAAGGAGGCAAGAAGUCUGUGGACCAGGACGGAAAGUCUGCCACAUGGCCCGGUAAAUUCGACACUCUGAUCCAGGCUCAGGCCAGGGAGUUGUCUCACCUCCGUCAGCGGCUGAGAGAGGGUCGGGGCGUGUGCAACAUCCUCACCCAGCACCUGGGAGACACCACCAAGGCCUUCGAGGAGCUGCUGAGAGCCAACGACAUCGACUACUACAUGGGCCAGAGCUUCAGGGACCAGCUGGCCCAGAGCAGCGCUCUGGCACAGAGAGUCAGCGCAAAGAUCAGUGGACGAGAUCAUCCUGAAGAUCCAGAUGAGAAGACAGAGCUGCUCGCCAUCCGGCUCAGCAAGGAGCUGCAGCAGAAGGACAAAGUCAUUGAGUCUCUCCGCUCAAAGCUAAACCAGCAUCACCAUCAUCAUCAUCAUUCUCAUCGUUCUGACACGCCCUGCAGCAGCCACGCCCUCUCCGACACCACCGACCAAUCAGAUCGCAUCUCCUAUGUGUCUGAUGAGCAUGGAUCCACAAAUGAGGACCUGGAGCUCUGCUCUGAUGUGGACGCCGCCAGCGAGCUCGGUCAGGAGGACACACAGACUUCCACCAGAGUCGGCACAGAUUGCCACUCUCACAGUAGCACCAUGUCACGCCGUCCGUCUGUCCCUCCAUCCAUCACCUCAUCCCACAGUACCCAGUCCUGUCUCAGCUGUCCCAGCAUGCAAUGCCCCAGCUCGCCACACAAACCUGCAGACAUGCAGAGUCAGACAGGGUUCUCCACUCCCCAGUCCAAACCUCUUCAGGGAUUCCCGUUCGCCCACCAGCAGUCGGACUCUUCUCCCUUCCUGCCUCUCUCCUUCCACGGAUACCAGCCUUCUCCUUUCGGCAGCGCCGCGAGCAACAGCAGUCUGGAUGCUAGCUUAGCCAUGAAAGCCGGGGCCAGCCUGCUGGAGAGCAGUGCAUUGUGGGAUGCGGCCUACGUUACCCGACCCGUGAGACUUGGAGCUGAGCUGUCGUCAGGAUCGUCAGGGUACCAGUCAGGUGCCAGCCACACAGGUUCAGACCUGAUGAAGGAGCAUCUGAGAGAGGUACGGAGUCUGAGGCAGAGACUGGAGGACUCCAUCCAGACCAACGACCGUCUCCGACAGCAGCUGGAGGACAGACUGGCCCGCACCGCCACUGAGAAAGGUGCUCCUACCAACAUCUACAUCCAGGGUCUGGACUCAGUCGGUCAGCUCUCCAGUGAGAUCAGACUCCUGAAGGAGGAGAACAUCAGUCUGCAAAACCAGCUGAAGCAGGCCACCAGAGAGGGAAGCAAGGAGGUGGAUCAGCUGAAGGAGGCGGCGCUCCUGGAGCGGGCCAGGUUGAAGGAGGCGGAGCUAGAGGUGGAGAGGUGGGCGGGGCAGAGCAGGAAGUUGCAAGCUGAGGCUGAAGCUCACAACCAGGAGAUCGCGCAGCUGAAACAGGACCGACAGAGGAACCAGGAAACCAUCAACAGACUCCAGCAUGAGGUGAGCGUCCUCCAGCAGCAGCUGUGUGAGAGCCGCAGUCUGGUCCACUCUCUUCAGUGUGAGCUGCAGGUGUACCACAGGGUGGGCGUAGUCACCACCAAGACACACUCAGGUCAGGCCAGUGACAGUGUCCAGCCAGAACACAGCACUGCCACCUUUGACCCCAGAGAGCUGCACAUUCAGCUGGAGCAGCAGCUGAGCGGACAGCCCCGAACCAGGAGGCAGCUCUUCAACGACAACGUUCCCUCUCCACCCGUGAGAGACACUGGACUCGUCAGUCCUUCCUCUCCUCUACGCUCUGUGCAGAAACAUGCAGAGGAGACUGGAGCUACUGAUCAUGCUGCCUCGGCACUACAGGGCCAAGUUCCAGACGGCUCCUUCGCCAGCCGUCACGGCCGCCACGCCGUUGGCCACAUUGAUGACUUCAAGGCUCUGCAGCAGCAGAUCCUGGAGGGUAGCGCUCUGCUCUCCAAGAUGGAGGUAGCCCUCCGUUCCCUGAUUGUCUCGGCCCUGCAGGAGUUCAGUCUUCACCAGCCCUCAGACUCGGCUUCGGCGAGGAAGCUGCUGUCUGACACUAAAACCCUGCGACAGAUCCUGGAGGAGGCUGACUCUCUGCUGCGGAUGUUCUGGAGGGCGGCUCUGCCAAACUCUGAGGAAACCAAACAGGACCAUUCUCUGAGGGAGGAGGUGGUGUCUCUCCGUCUGAGGCUCUCAGAACAAGAACAGGCUCUAAAGGACGCCAUGGAGAGAGUGAAGAGCUCCAACCGCACCAAAGAUAGCAUGGAGCACUUUAUAGUCAGCCAACUGUCGAGGACACGGGAUGUCUUGAGGAAGGCCAAGACGAACUUACAGGAGAACGAGCUCAGGAUUUCCUCCCUUCGCGAAGCCUCUUUCUCCAUUCCUUCUCCAUCCCCCUCCUCUUCCUUUUUUCCCUCCGUUCUCUUCUCCUUUUUAAUCUGUGAAAACAGAGGAGGCUUCUGUGAGCUCGCCUUCUCUCCUCGUUGGAGUGUCAUGAUGCCCCAAACUUCCUCCUCCUCCGCCUCCCCCUCCUCCUCUGCUGUCCAGGCACCUGCUCACCACCAGCGCCCCCUGCAGGCAGCCUUCCUGUAG